CAAAGUCACCAGUUUAUUAGUGUCAAAAGUCAAAACACCUUUUUUAUUUUUACGAAGUUUUUAAUUAAAAUAAACAAAUUUAUUAUUAUAUCUUACAAAAGUGGUUACUAAAAAUGGGGACACUAUUACUUCAAAGAUUGAUUAUACCCAUAGUAACGCAUACAAGAAAUGUAACUCCUAACCUUUUUCGAAGUAACAUAGGAAUUAUUUCUGUGAAUACAAAUACAAUCGCAAUAAGGAACUAUGCUAAGAAUAAAGACAAAGGUAAAGACAAGAAAGGUAAGAGUGCUAAAGUUGAAAUUAAUCCAGCUAUGAUUGCGGAAUUGGUAGAUGUCGAUAAACUAAAAAACCGGUGCCAGGCAGCUAUUGAAAAAAUGAAAGACGACUUUGCAAAGAACCUCUCGAUACGGUCAACGACAGGCUCGAUAGAAUCUCUUCCAGUCAAAUAUGAAGGUAAAGAUUAUGAGUUACAAGAGCUUGCUCAAAUAAUAAGGAAAAAUCCAAAAACACUUAUCAUAGAUUUUACAUCGUUUCCUCAAGUUAUACCUGAUGUUUUGAAGGCAAUACAUGGUUCAGGAUUGAAUUUGAACCCUCAGCAAGAUGGUACUAGGCUAUAUGUACCUGUACCUAAAGUGACUAAGGAACACCGUGAAGCUUUGGCUAAAAAUGCCAAAGCAUUAUACAUAAAGUGCAGAGAUGCAAUGAAAGAUGUACAAAAUGAAUUCGUUAAGAAGACCAAGAAACAAACUGGUGUGUCUGAGGAUCUGGUUUUUAAUGUCACUAAGCAAAUCGGGGUUUUAUGUGAACAGUAUCAAAAUGAUGCAAAGAAUAUCUAUGAAACCAAGCAUAAUGAGCUCGUAGGAAAAUAAUAUGGAAGCAUUUAUUGGAGACUUGAUUUUUUUUAUAGAUUUUGUUAUUCAAUGAAAUAUGAAUAGUUAUUUAGUAUAAGACAUAAGAUCGUAAUAAAGAUUGUUGAAUUUGU